UGGAGUGGGCUGAAAGGGGAAGUUCACGUGCUAUACAUUUAAACUUAACGGAUCUAAAAACAGGCCUCUGAUAUGAUUCAUGAUAAUAUUUCCAUCCUGUUAGAAAGUGAAAGAACAACUCAGCCUGAGCAGAGGAAGUAUUUCUGUUCCUAGAAAAAGGACAGCAGAACAGCUUGCAGGCUGUGGGAGAACUUGUUGCAGAACUUUUGAAGAAAAGUUGACAUCUCAUCAUCCCUGAGAACACUCUCCCACAGCUGUCCCCCUCAAUCUCACCGACAAAUAUUCCUUCACAUGUCUGUAAUGGCCAGCUCCACAGCACAAGCACCUAGCGUAGACUCUACUGAAAGUAAAUCUGACACAUCACCCAUAUCUAUUCAGGGACCAUACUUUGAAGCCAUAGUUGGAGUUGUCAUUGCUGUGGUGGGUCUGGUCCUGCUUCUCCUGCUGGCCGUCAUUCUGCGAUACAUGUACAAGCACAAGGGCACAUAUCAUACCAAUGAAGCCAAGGGCACAGAGUUCGCAGAGACAGCAGAUGCUGCUCUGCGUGGAGACCCUGCCCUGCAGGACGCCAUGGACGAGAGCAAGAAAGAGUAUUUCAUAUGAGACCCAAUAGCUGGCCCUUUAUACAUGUCAUAUAAUAAACUCCUGCAGGCUCACAUGAUGCCUCAAUCCUGUUUGCUGGAGCAGUGAAGUAACUGACUGAGCUCCCAACAAACAGAAACUAACAAGAAGAGUAUUCAGAAAUUCCUCUUUUAAUAUCUGAUAUCGUUUAUAUUUAUUUGUUCCUGAAAAAUAGAUAAAAUUGAGUAUACACGAAAGAAUAUGCUGCAUUCCUUGUAAAGCUGAGUGUCUGAACAAACAUCAGCUCAGGAGAAUGAAAUGCUCUUCAGUUGAAGGGAAGGAAAGUCUUUGAUCUUAUUAGACAGGAUAUGAAUGUGAAUGACCGGUGAUAUUUCAGGACAUUUAAAUGUCAAAUUUAAAGAACA